UUCAAUGAAACCCCCUCUUUGUUUCCGCCCUCCAAACUGACUUCGUCUCCGCGUAAACUUCCAGCGAGCGGAGACCUACGCCAUGGAUGUGCCACAUGAGGCGGGCCAGACUGACUGAAGCCACCUUCUCAAAGUUUGCCCACAGAGACCACCGUGACACCGACUCAAAAAAACACACAACUUUUACGCGUGUUUUGUGCUUUCGUGACACUUUUUUGCUUGGAUUCCGCGGUGCUUCUUCUUUUCUAUGUUCCGCCGGGGAGUCGUGUAGUUGUUCGGGGUGUCCGCUAUCAGGAAAGGUGACAUGCAGGUUCUCGGUUGGACCAUCGUGCUCCUGUGCCAGUGGAUUCUACGGAAGGUCCAAGGAUUGGAGAAGCAGGUGGAAUUGUCAGAUAUGGGCCCAGUGGGGUCUGUGAUGAAGACUCUUCCGUAUGGCAUGGGUGGAGGCACAGUGGGAGGAACCACAGGUGGAGUGGUUAAGCCUCCGUACCAAACACGUAUCUUCUCCACUUCAAUUGACCAGACACCCAUGAAAUCCAAGCCACCAAACUACAGUUUCUUUAACCCAUACGACUCGGCCCGGAACCAGUCCCUGCUCCUGGACCAGACAGGAUACCGCUCUAAGCGCAAGCCUUCACUAAAGACAUUCCAGAAGACCAAGAGGAUCUUCGGCUGGGGAGACUUCUACUUCAACGUCAAGACCAUGAAGUUCAGCUUAUUGGUGACAGGGAAGAUUGUGGAUCACAUCAAUGGGACGUUCACUGUUUUCUUCCGCCACAACUCGUCUAGCCUGGGGAACGUGUCGGUCAGUAUCGUGCCACCCACCAAAGUGGUGGAGUUUGAAGUCCUCCAGCAUAUGCACCCCCACACUCAGCAGAACGUCCAGAUCCAUGAGAGCCGGCAGACCACCAUUCACCCAAAGGAGACAAAGACCUUUAACUGCCGGGUGGAGUAUGAGAAAACCAAUAGAUCCAAGAAGCCCAAACCCUGCCUGUACGAUCCUUCUCAGACCUGCUUCACGGAGCACACCCAGUCCCACGCUGCCUGGCUCUGUGCCAAACCCUUCAAGGUGAUCUGCAUCUUCAUCUCUUUCUUCAGCAUCGAUUAUAAGCUGGUUCAAAAAGUGUGUCCGGACUACAACUUCCAAAGUGAAUACCCUUACUUGGGAUAAGUAAGUGAGACUGAACUGCAAAGAGAGAAAAAAGGGACAAUGUUAAUGACGAUGAUGAUUAUAAUGAUAAUGAUGGAAAUCAUAGUCAUAUUGAUUACGAUGAAGAAGCAGGGGACAGUUUUUUGCCUCUAAACUGCAGUGAAUUGUGGAUUUAAAUCAAGUAUAAUCGUUAUGGAUGGUUAGGAUAAGGCUGAUUUCUCUGACUUUAUUCCCAAUUUGUAUUGGUUAACUUCUGUUUUCGUCUGCUUUUUUCUGUAAAUAAUGUACUCAACCUCAGCACACUUAUUGUUUUUAGAUAUUUGUUUCUCAGUGUUAUUACUUUUUGCAGUUGGAGAAUUCCGUUGAAAACCGCUGGAAUCAGUAUUAUGCCCUCCGAGUACAGAGGGAGCCUCUGAGGCAGUUGUGCUGCACCAUUACUGUAUGGCAGACAUAAUGUUAUGGUAGACUGACUGUUAAUCAUACUCUCAGCUCUACGUUUCCCUGGAUUAUAAGAGAGUUAUAUGUAUGAGAAAUGCUAUGCUGGAUAUGCAUACCAAUAUACUGUAUGAAAAAGCACAUUAAAAUCUCUUAAACUGUC